GUCAUUGAUGAGGCUGCCGGUCCUCUUCCAUGCUUGGCACGCCCUGCUGCACUGGCGCCGUGCUUCUUUGAAGAACAUGAUCUUCAUCUUCGGCUGGUGGCGCCAGUUGAUCUGCAAGGCGACCUUCGCAAAGAGGGCGGCCUUCCGCGCUUGGGCUGCUGCGAUCCAAGCACAGAGGUGCCGGUGCUUGUCAAACGCCUUGGGUGCGUGGCGGGUGCUCCUGUUGACCUCCAAGUCGAAUCGAUCCAGGCUGCAGAUGGUGUUGAACUCCUGGGCAUAUGUGCGAGAUGUCAGGAUGGCCCAGAUUGCAGCAAUGCAUCGUUUCGCCCAGUGCUGCGAAAAGAGUUUG